AGCGCGGGAUCAGUGCAAAGAGCAGUAGAUUUUGUUGCCCUUCGGGCAAUCUGAGUGACUGGCCACGGAGGAGUCUAUGCUCACCAUUUCCAUCCACGAAUCCCUUGCCGGGAACCCGGACGGGUGGUCGGAAUGGAACGACACGGGCAACAUGUACAUGACGGGGCUUGAUGGCCUCAGCGAGCAGCCAUGUCACAAGUGGGAGCGGGAGCAUGACCGAGAGAACUUGCCAUGGCAGGUGCCGCAAAAGACGCCCGUCCGCCAGGCGCCGCCUUUGUCCUCCUGGGCGUCACCACUUCGUGUGCCCCUCCCUGCGCCAGUGAAUGAAGAGCCCUUUUCUGACACCUUGGACCUGCCCCCCCACCUCUCCAGCAUCGUGGAUCAGUUUUCCGACCUUGAUCCCGCGUGGCCAGAGGAGAAGCCGAUCGAGUUUUUUCAGCCGCCACCCGGGCUGACUGCGCUAGCAGCCGAGCAACCGCUCGCAGGCCUGGAAGCCAAAGAGGUGGCAAUGGAGGAGGUGGAGCUGGCGCCGGGGAUCAAGAUCUUUAGCAAGCGUGGCACUUGCCGCGUGGAGUGGCGCAUCGACGAUCUGAACGGGAAGCUCCAGGCCAGCAUGGCUCGGCCGCUGGUGUCGCCGCCCUUCGCAGCCCAGGGCCUGCCGAAUCUGCGGCUCAUGGUCUUCCCAGACGGCCGCGAGGUCAUGAAGAACGCUCGGAGCAGCGAGCGCAAGGGGCUCUACACGCACAUGAUCAAGAAGGGGCCUUUGAAUGGUGCCCUGAAGCUGAAGGCGGACUGCCUUCAGUGCGCCACGGUAAUGACCGUAAACCUCAUUGUGGGUCAAGUUUGCAUGGGGCCUUUGGUCUACGACUUCUCCGAGCAGGCCAUUCAUGGAUUGGAUGACUUUGGCAUUGAUUGGUUGAAGCAGGUGGACAAGGUCAACGGGAGCCUCACCGUGGGGAUUGAGAUUCUUGAUGUCCGGCCACAGCAUUGAUCCUGCAGCUUGUACAUAUAUUGGCUGGCCCGGAGCUCGGCGCCGAUUUUGACGCAGUCACACAUGUACACAUCGCGUCGCGCGCUGGGCUCGGCAUCACGCGUCCGGCGGUGAACUCCGGAACGCGGCAUCAAGACGCCAGCUCGCACAAUUCGAACUGUUGCGCCGCACCAUCAUUGUUGGAAGCACUGGUGUUGGUGCGUCCAUUUCAGUUUAUGCACCUGCCUGAAAGGCAACCUAACUACCGGCCCCUGGGAGUCAUUCGUUCGCAUGUUAAUCAUUCAGGAGACAUUCAGGGCGCAAGGGCCGGCUGGGCGCUUCAUGAACAGUGAAGUGAGGCUUAGAC